CUUUGCAUUGCCUGCCUCUCACUUCCUGCCUGGGUGGAGCAGGAAGGGCUUUGCAUUUUGCAAGAUUUCGCUGCCUUGCUCGCUGGAAGGGCGCCUCAUACCUCUCCUUCCUGGGUCGCUUUGCAUUGCUGCGCCCCAACUAUGCCGGCUUAUCAUUCUACUCUUAUGGACCCAGACACCAAACUGAUUGGGAACAUGGCGUUGUUGCCAAUCAAGAGUCAGUUCAAAGGGCCGGCACCCAGGGAAACAAAAGAUACAGACAUCAUAGAUGAAGCCAUUUACUACUUCAAAGCAAAUGUCUUCUUUAAAAAUUAUGAAAUCAAGAAUGAGGCCGACAGAACUUUGAUCUACAUAACACUCUACAUUACGGAGUGCUUGAAAAAGCUGCAGAAGUGUAAUUCCAAAGGCCAGGGAGAAAAAGAAAUGUAUACAUUAGGAAUAACAAAUUUCCCCAUCCCUGGAGAGCCAGGAUUUCCACUGAAUGCUCUCUAUGCCAGACCUAGCAGCAAACAGGAAGAAGAGAUUAUGAGGGCCUACUUGCAGCAGCUGAGGCAAGAAACCGGCUUGAGGCUUUGUGAAAAGGUCUUUGAUCCCCAGAGUGACAAACCAAGCAAGUGGUGGAUGUGUUUUGUGAAAAGGCAGUUCAUGAACAAGAGCCUGUCAGGACCAGGGCAGUGAAGAGAGGCACGUGGCUGUCUUUGCUGCCAGAUGUAUAAAAUUUUGCCUCUGUUUUAAUAUAUGUUUUCUACCGAGAGAGAGAAUAAGCACUUCUGUGGGGGGAAGAUACCCACUGGUGGAUGAAAAGGUGGAGCUAAAAUCAUGUGCAAAUCUUGCUGAGCUGGAGCUUGAUGAUGAUGAGGAAUAAAAAGUGGUUUCUAGCAUCA